AUGACUAUUGGUUCCGCCUUCGCCAAGCUUUCUGAUGUGAGACCUUUCAAGACAACUUGGAAGGUCCGCGUUAAGGUGAUUCACUCCUGGAGGCAGUAUAGCGGCAUGUCCGGUGAAACAAUGGAUCUGGUUCUCGCGGAUGAACAUGGUACUAAAAUGCAUGCUGGAAUCAAGAAGAAGGAUAUAGGCCGCUUAUCAAAGCUUCUGGUCGUUGGUGAAUGGAAAGUGUUGGAGAACUUUCAGGUAUCUCCUGCAACCGGGCUAUUUCGACCAACUCCAAGCAACUGGAAGAUUGGGUUGUCCAUGAACACAAUCGUUACCAAUGCACAUCAAAGUGGAAGACAUGUUCCUUUCGUUGAUGUCAUUGGACAGGUUCUUGAUGUGAGUGAGAUCAAAACUGUCCUGUACUUGGGAAGAAAAGCGGAAGCUAGAGUGCGUGCUUAG